AUGACUAAGCAUCUCUCAGCGGCGGAGAAAGGCAAAGGUAUAGCUGAAGCCCCCACAGGCGAAGAAAGAAAACGCAUCCGGGCCCCUGACUUUGAUACAUCUGAACUCGUCCAAGCAAACUUUCUCACUCUUAUCGGUAGGCUUACUAAUACCCAAGAACAGAGGGUACUGUCUCUCAUUGCUUCCCUACCUUCGAAAUGGCCUACAAAAGGAAAUGUAGUAGGAGCAGAUUUGGGGCAAGCGUGCUUCCAAUUCCGUUUUGAUAGGGAAGAUGACCUAAAAACGGUACUAGCUAAACGUCCCUACCACUUCAACAAGUGGAUGGUGAUUCUCGAGAGGUGGGAACCUAUCAUCUCCAAUACCUUCCCGGCUCAGAUCCCGUUCUGGAUCCGACUCAAAGGGCUUCUGCUCCACUACUGGCACGAAAAAAUGAUUUACAAGAUCAGCCACGAACUCGGGCACCUAGAGGAUUACGACAUCUCUGCAACUUCGGCACGCAUCAGGAUUCUAAUCGAUGGCCUCAGCCCCAUUACCAAAGAGACCAUAAUAGACUUUGCAACAGGGGAAGAAGCCCUGAUAGAGUUAGAGUACGAAGGCCUAGAAAACUUCUGCUCUCACUGUCUACGUCUUUCCCACCUCAACUCUGAAUGUCCUACCCGGCCUCGAAGAACUCGCGAUACCAGCCUCACUGCCCCACCGGUAGAUGUUAGAGAGCGUACCGAGUUGCAAAGGCCGCUCCGUCCCAAUGGGCAAGUGAGAUCCUCACAUCGGUCAGAGAACCGCCAUAUCUCACAGCACAAUGGAGAGCCCUACGCUCAAAGACUUGAUAGACACGGAAACCCGUUUGGUGAGCGCAUAUCUUCUACCUUGGUCAGAGCAUCUUCCCAGGACACUAGACCAGAAGCGAGAAGAGAACCACUUAUAGUGCAGUCUCCUCUUGGAGACGAAAAAUUCCGACGACUACGUUCUCCAAGAACUCCAAGACUUGAGCUAUCCUCAUCACACGCUGAUCUCCCCUCAUGGCGUUGGAGGAGGAGGCUUAGCUCUCUUCUGGUCACAAGAAGUAGCUAUCUCUAUUUUAUCCUCAUCUCAUAA